GCUAAGAUGAGUGAAAGGAGAAGAUCUGCAGUCGCCCUGAGCUCGCGAGCACAUGCCUUCUCCGUUGAAGCCUUGAUCGGCUCAAAUAAAAAGCGGAAACUGCGAGACUGGGAGGAGAAGGGGUUGGACCUGUCCAUGGAGGCGCUGAGCCCCGCGGGCCCACUCGCAGACUCGGAGGACGCGGCCGCACACGGCCUGGAGCCUCACCCGGAUUCUGAGCAAAGCACUGGUUCAGACUCUGAGGUGCUCACUGAGCGGACUUCCUGUUCCUUUGACACUCACCCUGACUUGGGCUCUGGUGCUGCAGGCCCUGUGCCUGCUGCCAUGUCUUCCAUGGAAGAGAUUCAGGUGGAGCUCCAAUGCGCUGACCUCUGGAAGAGGUUCCAUGACAUUGGAACUGAGAUGAUCAUCACCAAAGCAGGCAGGAGGAUGUUUCCUGCCAUGAGAGUGAAAAUCACUGGCCUGGACCCACACCAGCAGUAUUACAUAGCAAUGGACAUUGUGCCUGUGGACAAUAAAAGAUACAGAUACGUGUACCACAGCUCCAAAUGGAUGGUGGCUGGCAAUGCGGACUCCCCUGUACCCCCUAGAGUUUAUAUACACCCUGAUUCUCUAGCUUCUGGAGACACCUGGAUGAGACAGGUGGUCAGUUUCGACAAACUCAAGCUGACCAACAACGAGUUGGAUGAUCAAGGACAUAUCAUUCUGCACUCGAUGCACAAAUACCAGCCUCGAGUUCACGUGAUCCGCAAGGAUUUCAGCAGCGACCUUUCACCCACCAAACCUGUCCCUGUUGGGGAUGGAGUGAAAACAUUCAACUUCCCUGAGACCGUGUUUACCACAGUCACAGCCUACCAGAACCAGCAGAUCACCAGAUUAAAAAUUGAUCGAAACCCUUUUGCUAAAGGAUUCAGAGAUUCUGGAAGAAACAGAACCGGACUGGAAGCCAUCAUGGAGACUUACGCAUUCUGGAGACCCCCCGUGCGCACACUCACCUUUGAGGAUUUCACCACCAUGCAAAAGCAGCAAGGGGGCAGCACAGGCACAUCCCCGACCACCUCCAGCACUGGGACACCAUCCCCUUCAGCUUCUUCUCACCUUUUAUCUCCAUCCUGUUCUCCUCCAACAUUUCAUCUGGCCCCCAACACUUUCAAUGUGGGCUGUCGAGAGAGCCAGCUGUGCAAUCUAAACCUCUCUGAUUAUCCACCAUGUGCCCGAAGCAACAUGGCGGCCUUGCAGAGCUACCCAGGGCUGAGUGACAGUGGCUACAACAGGCUCCAGAGUGGCACGGCUUCAGCCACUCAGCCCUCAGAAACCUUCAUGCCUCAGAGGACUCCAUCCCUGAUCUCAGGAAUACCAACUCCUCCCUCGUUGCCUAGCAACAGCAAGAUGGAAGCCUACGGCGGCCAGCUGGGGUCCUUCCCCACUUCCCAGUUCCAGUAUGUCAUGCAGGCCGGCAAUGCGGCCUCCAGCUCCUCAUCACCACAUAUGUUUGGGGGCAGCCACAUGCAGCAGAGCUCCUACAACGCCUUCUCUCUCCACAAUCCUUACAAUCUCUAUGGAUACAAUUUCCCCACUUCUCCCAGGCUAGCUGCAAGCCCAGAAAAACUGAGCGCCUCUCAAAGCACUUUACUCUGUUCUUCUCCUUCCAAUGGGGCCUUUGGCGAGAGGCAGUACCUGCCCACAGGGAUGGAGCACAGCAUGCACAUGAUCAGCCCUUCGCCCAAUAACCAGCAGGCGACCAACACCUGUGAUGGCCGGCAGUACGGGGCGGUCCCAGGCUCCUCCUCUCAGAUGUCCGUGCACAUGGUUUAAUGGCCUGUCCGAACACCAGGGAGCCCACUGCAGCAGGGGCCCAGCGUCUCCAUGAGCAGAUCUUCCUUUCUGGGAGCCGAAGCCUUUGAAAAAUGGGAACUGUGUUUUUUGUUUUUUGUUUUUCUGGAGGAAGAAAGCACAUACCCAAGAACAACAAAAGACAUUUAAGACACUGAAGGAAAUACUUGCAGUGGAGUCAUCUCCGACUCAGUGGCCAUUCUCCUGCCUUCCCAAACCUUAGUUUUAUAAAGCAUUGCCUACUCCAGAGUGGCCUUUGAAGAAACUGAAUAAUCAUUUUAUAAUAAUGUUAAGGGAGAUACUAGCAUGUAGCAGCCAUGAAAAGUUACCCUGACAUGAAUACAGACCUACCUGUACAUGCAUACAUACAAACAUACAUACAUACAUACGUGCAUGCAUGCAUACACACACAUAUAUAUUCACACAAACUCUUACACCAACACACACGCACACUGACUUGGAAGGGUGUGAACUCUGUGCAGGGGGGCCCAGGUGGGGACUUUCACCAAGAAUCCCAUCUCUACAACAGUAGAUGGACUGGGGCAGCAAUGGCAGUCCACCUUUCUGCCCCGGAGCCCACCCCGUUUCUGGAAUGAACCGUGUAUUCUGGAGCCCCUUCUGGUCCAUGAGGGUAGACAGGCAUCAGCACUACAACUGGACUUGGCUUCCUGAAAAUGAUUGCCUUUGAACUUUGGCUCUCCUCACUUGGCGUGCUAUCGCUGACGUUCCAAGGGGUGCCUCUGAAAAGGGAGUAAGAGCAGCCGAAGGAGAAAGGAAGAGAAGGAGUAGUGAGCAAGAGAGAGAGGUGGAAAGCAAGACUGAGAGAGGAAGUGUGAGCAAUGGUGAGAGUUGUAAUGUAUGGAGGAAAUUGGUUUUGGUUUGGUCCCCACUUCUUUCCCCCUACAGGUUCUAGAAAGAAUCGUGGCAUCACCGAGGAGUAAACCUCUCUGGGACAUUAUGCAGAGUCGGGGCACUGGUGACAGGGACUGGGGCAAGGAAUGCACUUCGAUCCUGCAGCUCUGACCACUGUUUACCAGAAGGGGGGGGGGAGUGCCCCGCAUGGGCAGUGCUAAUUCCAGAGCCUGCAACUGGCAGGGGAGGGGGACUGGAAGGAGUAUGAAGAAGGAAGGGUGUUAUAAGCCUGACAGAUGAUACCAAGCGCAGAGGUGACAUAAAGAGGCCUGGCCCUCCACAUGCCAGAUCCAGACACCUGACCUGGAUCGCCUGCCCCAUAGCCCCCUGCGGCAGGAGAAAUCCGGGCACAUCCCAGGAAAUUACAGAUGGGUCUUCUCCAUCCUUCCACCUGCCCUUAGAUCUCCAGUUUUUUCAAAUAGUUCAUUGCAUUUUGAAGUUUUGGGUUUUUUCCUUCUUCUUUCCCUUCCCUUUCAGAUCCUUUAAUGUUAAGAAAACAAGUGAAGUUUGGUGCAAGCUAAACUUGUUAAGUGGUGUGGAAAUGCAAAUAAUACCAAGUAAAAUAAUAACAGAUAUUAUUAAGAUUUUUGGUUUUGAGGUGUUGUAGAUAAAUGUAUUUAUGUGCCUAGUGGGGAAUCCAGUAUUAUGAAUAUUAAAAAAGGGGGCAAUAAAAAGGGUAUGUAAAAUAUGUAUGAAGUAAAGGUGUAUAAAAAAUUUGCCCUUAUGCACGGAACUCUGUUUCUAAGUGCCAAGCACAGAAAGCCGCUAAAUAAAAUCUUUGCAAUUGUCUUA